AUAUUAUAUGAGCCUAAACCCAAAUAGCUCCCUUAAUAAAAUUGAACAGCUUUUCCAUAACUAUGAAUAAAACUUAAAUUAGUAUCAAUUCAACAGACUGCAGUUUAAACUUAGUGGAUAUAAGGAAAAAAAAUUGAUAAAUGAUAAAAUAUUAAUAGAAACAAAUUUGAAUGAUGGAUAAUAUAAUUAAACUGCGAUUUUAACAGGAAAAGCUGCUGAUAUUAUUAAAAAGAAUAUAGGUAAAAAUUAUAUGAUAUCAAGAUGAACUAUUUAUUAAUGUGAAUUCUAUGGUAAUAUAAUUGAUCAAAUGGAAAGUAGCUUAUAUGAAAAAUGAAUAAACUUAUAUUAUUGUUAUAUAUGAAUUCCAAUAUAUUACCACUCUAGAGGGAGAAUAAUAUGAAUGUACUCAAUAUAAAGUAGAUUAACACUUACCUGUAUAAAGAAAGGUCAAACUAUUAAUCCAGAAAAAUAGACCAACUGUAAAUACUUCUAAUCUCUAAUGGCAGCCUAAUUAAUCUUCAGUUAAAAAAGUGAAAAUUGAAAAUUAAUCCUUUUCUAAAGACUCAUUAAUUAUAGAUGAUAAUCUAUUAAAUAUAUCAAUUUUAGACACUUCAGCAUGUAAAAAAUAAUAAGGUCAAUUCAAAGAUUAUCAAUAAUAGCAUUAGAUAUAAUAAUAACAGUAAGAAAUCACAAAAAUAUCUUCUAUGUAUCCUAGCAUGAAAAAAUGGGUUUUGGAAGGAAGAGUUAUCUUCAAAUCAUAAUAAUAAGAUUAUAGAUGCAAAAAAUCUGGAACAUUAAAGAAUUAUUUUAGAAUUAUAAUUUUAGAUUGUGAAUAAGAAAUUAUUACAGGCUUAUUCUAUGAAGCUUGUAACAAAUUCUUUACUUUGUUAUAAGAAGGAAAAGUUUAUAUAUUCAAAAAUGGAUGUAUAGGUCAAGAUAAAACAAAUGGUACUAAAAAAAUAAUAUUCAAUGAAUACUCCAUAAUUUCAGAAUCUUAAAAUUAUGUCAUCCCUUCUUCUCCAUAAUUAAACUUUUCGACCCUUUAAGAAAUCGAAACCUUGUAACAUAAUUCUAUAGUUGAUGUUGUAGCUGUUAUUUAAGUAUUCAAAUGAAUAAUAAUAUUAUUAGGAAAUAAAAUAGGAUUCUGAAUCUUACAAAUCAUUUAUCGUCUUAGAUCAUACUACAAGAUUGACGAUUAAACUUUGGGGACCUUAAUAUGGUAAAGUACAUUUAUAAAAAGGGGAAAUUAUUGUGUUUAAAGGAUUAAAAUUUUAUAGUACUAAUUUUAAAUCAUUAAAUUCUGAUUAUUAAACAAUGAUUAUACAAAAUCAAGAAUUAAAUGAGUAAAAAUAUUCUAUAUCUUAGAGUGAAACAAUUAAAAACUUGGUUGGCGGGUAAAAAUAUUGACACAAUAAUGAAGCCAAAUUAAGAUAAUUAGACAAUAGAUCUUUCAUAAUUAAACGAAUUUGUGAUUCAACUAUUAAAUGAAGGCAAGACUUCAUUAACUUCCUAUAAAUACGUUUAUGGUUACAUUAUUGAAAUAUAAGAAUACAGAAAUAUGUACCCAAGCUGUCCGAAUAUCAGAUGCAAAUCUAAAAUGGAAGAAGUUCCUAUUAGAAAAACAUUUCGAUGCAAGAAAUGUCUUGUAGAAAAUGAUUCUCCAAAAUUUAGUUUUGUUUUAAAUGUAACCAUCAUGGAUGAAUUUACAAAUAUUAAGGCAGUUAUUUUUGAUGAAAUUGCAGUCAAAUUAUUGGGGCUUACUGCAGACUAACUUCGAUCUAUGAAUUUAGAAGAUUAAAAGAAUAUCUAUUAAUCAAAAGCUUUCUAACAAAAGAAAAUGAAGCUUUAGAUUUUAUUUAAAGAUUAUUCAGGAUAAAUUUAACCAUAAUAUAAUGUCUAAGAAAUUUCAGAUGUUGAUUAUAAACAAUUGACCUUGUAAGCCAUUGAAACAUUCGAUGAAAUAGAUAAUCUAUUGAAUUUAUCAUUAAUUUUGUGA